AUGAAAACAACAGUUUUUUCGUCUAAAACUAAUUCAUUUUCCUUUAAGUUUAUGAUUAACUUCUUGGUUUUUACAAGGAAAUUUUCUAGGGCAAAAAUGAAUUUCCCUAUGAUAGAAACUGAAUCUAAUAAAGAAGUUUUAUUUGACAGUUAUUUUGGGUUAAGAAUGAUUACAUUGAAUAGACCGAAAAAAUUGAAUGCAUUAAAUAUGAUAAUGACAAAAAAUAUCUAUGAAAAGCUUAUUGAAUGGAAGCGAUCUUCUUUGGCUAAGAUUAUUUUGCUUCGAGGAAUUAAUAAUAGGGCAUUGUCAGCAGGAGGGGAUGUAGUAGCUAUUGCAGAAUUAUGUCGAUUGGAUAUGGAAAAAGGGUAUAAAAUGGCGAUGGAAUAUUUUGAAUUGGAAUAUCGUCUUGAUUAUCUUAUUGCUACUUUUAAGGAAAAACCAUAUGUUUCUUUGAUGGAUGGCAUUACAAUGGGUGGAGGAGCGGGUUUAUCUGUUCAUGCACCAUUUAGGGUUGCAACUGAAAAUACUGUUUUCGCAAUGCCAGAAACAGAUAUUGGCUUUUUUCCUGAUGCUGGGUUGUCUUUUUUUUUGUCUCGUAUGGAUGGUGAAGUUGGAAAAUAUCUUGGAAUGACAAGUGAACGUCUUUACGGUUUUGAUACGUUGAUAUCAGGAAUUGCUACUCAUUAUGUUCCUUCCGAACGAUUAGAUUCUCUUAUUGCGAGAUUAUCUGAGCUAGAUACGAAUGAUUGUAGUAGUAAAGAUUAUUUCAAUGUUGUAGAUAGAGCAAUUGAUGAAUUUUCUGGUGAACCUCCUAGAAAUUAUAAGUAUAGGCUUGGAGGAGAGACACGUGAAGCAAUCGACAGAUGUUUUAAGUAUAAAAAAAUCGAAAAUGUCUUUAAGGCAUUGAAAAAGGAGGGGACAGAAUGGGCGAAUUCUACUAUCGACACUCUUAAUAGGCGGUCUCCUACUAGUAUUAAAGUUGCUUUACGAGAAAUUCAAGAAGCAAAGAAAUGGAAUAUUUUACAGGCUUUCAAUAAUGAGCUUAAUAUAACUAGUUAUCUUUUAAAAACGCAUGAUUUUAUUGAAGGUAUUGAAGCAAAGUUGGUUAAAAAGCCUUCAGUUAAACCUGUAUGGAAGCCUUCAAUAAUUUCUGAAGUUUCCGACAAACUGGUUGAUACUUUUUUUAAAAGUUGUAAAGACUCUCCUCAGUUAAAUAUAUCUGGUGAUCUUAUUUCCGUUCAAUAUCAAGAUUAUCCAUAUAAUUAUGGUUUACCAACAGAAAUUGAUCUUGAAAAAAGUAUCCGGAAUUGUAUUAGUAAUAAUGUUCCUGUAAAUUCUAUUAGAGAUGUGGUCUUUGAUAUAUUUUUUAAAGUAUCUCCAAAUAAACCGGGACUUAGUAUAAAACUCGAUGACAUUCUUUUUCGAAAACGAUUUGGACAAUUAAGCAAUUAA